AUGCACCUCAAUCGAACUAAAUCAAACCACAAUCACAAACUACUCAUCAAGUUCAACUAUGAGAAUCGAGAUUGCUGCUUGUCAUUUACUGAUGACAAGACAUUUGGAGAUGAGUUUGUAAAACUUGAUUACCCAUUUCAAAACUACGACAAGAUUGUUGGUUCAAGUGAUGGGUUGUUGUGCUUAUUGGAUUAUUAUGGCUUAGAAUACGUUGUUCUAUGGAACCCAUCAAUUAGGAGGUUCCUGAAACUUCUCAAGUCUUGUUCUUCUGUAACCAAGGCUUGUCACUUGCUUUGGUUUGAUUUUGGAUUUGGGUUCGACCACAUGAGUAAUGGCUAUAAAGUGGUGAAAAUUAUGGAUGCAAAGGAUAACCAUCGUCGUUGUGUUAUGCAUAGGGUGGAGCUUUUUGCGCUUAUCACGGGUUCUUGGAGAUCCAUUUGUAUUGGGGAUUUAUGUUAUGAACUUUAUGGUUUUGAUUCCUUGCCUGCGUUUAUGAAUGGGGCUGCUCAUUGGGUUGUAUUUAAUCUAAGAAAGCUUUGCCAAACCAUCAAAUUGAUGUGA